CUCCCAAUUUCUCAAAUUCCACCAACACUACUCUAUUUUCCAAUCCUUAUUUUCUCAAUUAUUUCUUCACACACACAAACACUAGUAAACGUUUUCUUCAAGCAAACCAAAGCAAUUCAACUUUUUCUGAUCAGUCAAUAGGAGGAAGCAAACAUGGAAGAAGAGACAAAAGUCAUUUCAGAAGUUUCAGCGACAAAGAUAGUUGAGGCGGAGGCUCAUAAGGAUGAUAACAUUAAGGAAACAAAUGGAGACCUGCCUCAAGUACAAGGCGAAGGAAAGAAAGAAGAUGAAGAGAAUGCCUUUGAUGGGGAAUUCAUUAAAGUUGAAAAGGAAGAGAAUGCCUUAGAUGAUAAAUCCCACAAAGCUGAAAGAAGCUCAGAUCCUCCAAACAGAGAAUUUCUAGAAGCACAAGAGAAGAUACAGGAACUUGAGGUUGAAUUACAAAGACUAGCAGAAUCUUUAAAGACCUCUGAACAUGAAAAUGCUCAGCUGAAGGAAGAGAUCUCAGUUACAAAAGAGAAAUUGGAGGGAAGUGGAAAGAAAUAUGAAGAGCUUGAACUGAAUCACAAGAAAUUGCAAGAGCAGAUUAUUGAAGCUGAGAAUAAAUAUAAUCUGCAGCUCAGUACUCUUGAAGAGGCACUACAAAGUCAAGAAGUGAAGCAGAAAGAGCUUCUUCAUGUGAAGGAAGCAUUUGAUGAUAUGAACCUUGAGCUUGAAAGCUCGAGAAAGAGGAUGCAGGAAUUGCAGCAUGAGCUGAAACUUUCUGCAGAUGAGGCACGGAAGUUUGAGGAGCUGCAUGAGCAAAGUGGUACACAUGCUGAAUCUGAGGGAAAGAAGGCCUUAGAAUUUGAGAGACUACUUGAAGAAGCCAAAUUGAGUGCAAAAGGAAUGGAAGAUGAGAUGGCUUCCCUGAAGGAAGAAUUGAAGGGAGUUUAUGAUAAGAUUGCUGAAAAUCAAAAGGUUGAAGAAGCACUUAAAGCAACUGCAGCAGAACUCUCUACCAUCCAAGAGGAGUUGACACACUCAAAAUCCCAGCACUUGGAAAUUGAGAAUAAACUGUCUUCGAGGGACUCUUUUGUAGAUGAGUUGACUGAGGAACUAAACCUCAGAAAGACUUCAGAAACACAGCUAAAGGAAGACAUGUCAGCACUUCAAAAUCUAUUUGCCUCUACAAAGGAAGAACUGCAGGAAAAAAUUUCUGAGUUGGAAACUUCAAAGUUCAAGUUUCAGGAGGAGGAAAAAUUGAGGGAAUCAAUUGAAGUUGCAUUCAUGAGUCAGGAAGCACAAGUUCUCGCCAUAAAAGAGGAACUGACUAAACUUAAUAUUGAAAAAGAAGGCCUUGAAGAAAAUGUGGAAGAUCUAACCCGUAAUGCAAAGCAGCUGAAGGAGUUAUGCACUGAUUUAGAGGAAAAACUAAAGCUUUCAGACGAAAAUUUUCUCAAAACAGAUUCUCUUUUAUCUCAGGCACUUUCAAACAAUGCAGAGCUUGAGCAGAAGGUGAAGUCCUUGGAAGAUCUCCAUACCGAAUCUGGAGCUGUUGCAGCUACUGCUAGUCAAAGAAGUCUUGAGCUUGAGGGACAUGUUCAGACUUCAAAUGCAGCUGCAGAAGAGGCAAAAUCACAACUUAGGAAGCUGGAAACACACUUCAUAGCAGCAGAGCAGAGGAAUGUGGAGCUUGAGCAACAAUUAAAUUUAGUACAACUGAAAACCAAUGAUGCUGAGAGAGAAGUGACUGAAUUCUCUGAAAAAAUUUCUCAUCUCAAUGCUAAAUUGACAGAAGCUGAGGAAGAAAAGAAUCUCCUUGGUCGCCAACUGCAGGAGCACAUGGAAAAGGUAAUUCAACUUGAAUCUGACUUAAAUCAAUCAUCUAGGCAGAGUUCACAAUUACAGGAAGAGCUGAAGAUAGUCAAUGAAAAAUGUUCUGAGCAUGAAGACCGAGCCAGUAUGAACCAUCAGCGUAGCCGAGAACUAGAAGAUUUAAUCCAGAGCUCUCAUUCCAAAUUGGAAGAUGCUGAUAAGAAGGUGAGUGAGUUGGAAUUGUUACUUGAAGCAGAGAAAUACAGAAUUCAGGAACUCGAGCAACAAAUAAGCUCAUUGGAAAAGAGAUGCAGUGAUUCAGAAGCAGAUGCCAAUAAAUACCUUGACAAUGUAUCUUAUCUGACCUCAGAACUUGAGGCAUUUCAAGCACGAGCCUCAAGCCUUGAAAUUAUACUGCAGGCAGCUAGUGAAAGGGAAAGGAAGUUAGAAGAUUCUUUGAUUGUAGUUACAGAUGAAAAAAAAAGGUUAGAAGAUGCUUCAAACAGUUUGAAUGAGAAGCUUGCUGAGGCAGAAAACUUGUUGGAAAUUGUGCGGGAUGAUUUAAAUAUUACACAAGUUAAGUUGCAAAGCACUGAAAGUGAUCUUAAGGCUGCUGAAUUGAGAGAGAGUGAGUUUAUAGAAAAACUUAAAGCUUCUGAAGAAAAUCUUGUCAUCCGAGGAAGAGAUAUAGAGCAGACUGCUACGAGAAACUCAGAACUUCAAUUGUUACAUGAAUCUCUGACAAAAGAUUCUGAACAGAAACUCCAAGAAGCUCUAGAAAGAUUCAACAAGAAGGAUUCUGAGGUUCAAUCUCUGCUUGAGAAAAUUGAGAUUUUGGAGAAAUAUAUGGCCGAAGCUGAGGAACAAUCAACAUCUUUGAAGAAUGAAUUUGAAGAGAGUUUGAUCAAACUGGCUUCUUUGAAAAGUGAAAAUGAAGAAUUGAGAAGGCAAGUUAUAGAGGCAGAGAACAAGAGUUCUCAAUCUUUUUCUGAGAAUGAAUUAUUGGUUGGAACAAACAUUCAACUGAAAACCAAGAUUGAUGAACUUCAGGAAUCAUUGAACUCUGCUCUAUCAGAGAAGGAAGCCACUGGUCAAGAACUUGUGUCUCAUAAGAACACUCUAGCUGAGUUGAAUGAUCUACAAUCAAAAUCCUCUGAAAUUCAAUGUGCAAAUGAAGCUCGCAUCCUCGAAGUAGAAUCACAAUUACAAGCAGCAUUGAAGAGACAUACUGAGAAGGAAUCAGAAACCGAAGAAUUGAAUGAGAAGCUGAGUACACUAGAAGGCCAAAUAAAGUUUUACGAAGAACAGGCACAUAAAGCAGCCGGACUAAAUGAGGAAAAUUCAAAGCUUAAACAGGAAAUAGCCAUGUAUGAAUCCAAAUUAAGUGAUUUACAGUCAAAGCUCACUGCUACACUUGUUGAGAAGGAUGAAACAGUUCAAGAGAUACUCAACUCUAAGAAUGCCAUUGAAGAAUUAGUGACAAAGCAUAGUGCAGAAGCGCAGACAUUAAAAUCACAGGUUGGAAGUAUUCAAACUGCUGCUUCUCAAAGAGAAGCAGAAUUAAGUUCAAAAUUGGAAGAAUAUGAGCAAAAAGUUCAUGAUAGAAAUGUGCUGAAUGAGAAGGUUGUAGAACUUGAGAAAGAGUUGCAACUUGCACAGGCUACUAUUGCCAACCAGAAAGGUGCAGAAUCUCAGAAGUUGGAACUCGAGGCAGCCCUGAAGAAUUCUCUUGAAGAAGUUGAAACUAAGAAAAAGGAAAUCUCUGUUCUACAGAAACAAGUAAUAGAUUUAGAGCAGAAAUUGCAACUGACUGGUGAUAAAAUCUCAGUUAAGGGUGAUGAGGGUGCUGAUCAGAAAGAUGGGUUGGAAAUCAAAUCCAGGGACAUUGGAUCAAGCCUCUCGACUCCAUCAAAAAGGAGGAGCAAGAAAAGGUCUGAAGCAACAACUGCUCAAACAUCAUCGUCGUCCGAGACAAAUGUUCCAACUGUUCAGGAUUCGCCUGUCAUAAAUUUCAAGUUCAUCUUGGGAGUAGCUCUUGUGUCCAUUAUCUUUGGCAUAAUUCUUGGGAAGCGGUACUAGAAUCUACAGUAUGUUUUUGGGUUUUGUUAUUCAUCAUGGUUUCUCCAUUUUAUUUUAUUUUCACAUUUCUUAUCGGAUUGAAAGCUUUCUUUGCAUGCUUUCAAGCUCCAGUCUUCAGGUUGGUCAGGGAACUUGUUUUCAUUCCUAUCCCUUGCCCGUGUGCAAAAGAAAUGGAGUUUGAUUAAUGUUCUAUUUUAACUUUUGGAUUUUUUUUAUAACUUGAAUGCGAGGUGUUUAUGAUAUGGAGCACAUUUUUCUUCUCAGUUUGUGUCUGAGUGAAGGAAUUCGGGCAGCUAGAAAACUUGUACCUACUACUGUGUAUAAUAUUCUCUCUCUCCUCUCUAAUGUGUAUAAUAUUUGAAAAAGGAUAAUUGUAUUUUGCAUAUUAUAAAAUAUUCAAAAAAAGUUAAA